AUGUCAAUGUUUGAAAAUACGGUCUUUAUUAACCCUGAUGUCUGGAAAAAAGGUCGGCAAAAACAGCAACAGCAAAACAAGCUUCAAACUUACGCACUAAACGCUGAUGAUAUCAAACAUGAUCUGACCGCCGGAAAGGGACGACCAGAAUGGAUCUUCUCAGCUUACGGUCCUGGGAAGAACGCACCCAGGCAACUUUUCGGAGGACCUCAGCGCGAGCAGAGUUUCGAGGAGAUGCGGUGGCGUCAUUACCAGGCAGCGGCAGCGGGCAAUGCAAACCAAGCUAUCCAAGAAGCCCAGAACUUGUAUGAAGAGGCGUUGAGGCAGAUCUCUUUUGCUUUGAAUGACGUGGAGGGGGCUCUGAAAUACAUCCUCGAAGGAGAAAACGAGCAUCCGAACCGGAUUGACAUUGUAGAACGCAAGAAUCUCAACAAACCGUCGCCAUUUGGUCAAGCUCCCAGUGCUUUCAACCAGCAAGCAGCGCCUUCAUCGACGUCUGUAUUUGGCAAACCAAGUGCUUUUGGUCAGCCCUCGACCGCUACGUUUGGUCAGCCUUCACCCCUGGGUGGUACUCAGCCGGCAUUCGGUCAACCUUCAAGUCUGGGACAACAGGGGCCUGCGUUCGGACAGCCAUCUACCUUGGGUCAAGGCUCUACAUUUGGAAAACCAUCCGCGUUAGGAGGCCAGCCUGCCUUCGGGAAACCAGCAUUUGGACAGCCAGCCUUUGGUCAACCGUCUGCUCUCGGCACUUCGGGCUUUGGCCAGCCAAGCAAUGUGUCUCCCUUCAGUCAAAUAUCUGCCCAAAAUCAGGGGGCCUCUGGCUUCGGCCAGCCUUCUGCGCCGGCAGGUCAGACGACUGCUUCUCCGUUUGGUCAACCGUCUGGACAGACAUCGGCUUCGCCGUUCGGGCAGCCUGCGGCCGCAACGGGGUUUGGACAGCCAUCCGCAAUGCAGACUUCCACCGGCGGAUUUGGGCAGCCGUCACAAGCUCCAUCUCCCUUUGCCCAGGUGCAGCAGCAGCAACAGCAGCAACAGGCUGCGAACCCAUUUGGUCAGCAAGGAGCAGCUGCAAGCCCAUUCGGUCAGCCUACGAGUCAACCGGCCACUACUACGACGACUACGACUACCACAACUACUACCGCACCCGCGCCCAGCGGCCCCCGGGUUGGCAUUGGGCCCAAACCACUGCUCAAAGUGGGCGACAACGAGCUCAAUCCGCUCCCCAACCUCAGCGGCCAAACCGUCCGCGAUCCGGUGACGCAAAAGCUCACGAUGUGGAAGGGCCGGCCCGUGAAAUACAACGACGAGGAUUGGCCCUGCUACCUGCAUCCAGACGACAACAAGACCUGGGUGCGCAUCUUCUUCCCGGACGGACCACCCGAGCAAGGGAACCUGAAGGACGUCGAGGCGAAGCCCGAGGAGUACACUCCAGAGGUCACGGAGCAGUACCAGUUCUUCCUGCAGAAUGGGUAUUUCAAGGACGGCGUUAUUCCGAGCGUGCCUCCGAAGGUGGAGUGGAUGGGGUUUGAUUUCUAA